AUGGUUCUAUGCCCAAUUUGUAAACAGACCAUAGCAAGACAAGAAAAAAAAUCAAUAGCAUGCACUAUCACAACAUGUCAAGCCAUUUUUCAUGGAAAAUGUCUAAACGCAGACGAGAGUGAGUUCGAAGCACUGAGGGCAUUACGAAAAAAUUGGGUAAGUCCGAAAUGUGAAAAGGCUCGGAAAAAUAUCCAACCGACAGACAAGUGCCUUAGCCCGCCAAGAUUGGCGCCACAACAACAAACUGUCGACAGCACGUCACAACUGUUACUUGCUGCCAUUAAAAAUCUAACAGAAGAGGUCAAGGGAUUAAAAUUCUCCCUCGAUGCCAAUGCUAACGAGGUUUAUGCCAGACUUCGAUUUGACAAACACUUGCAAAAAGUGAGCACUAGAGCAGUGCAAGUAAUUAAUGAAUUGGCCAGGAUUAUGCCAAAUAUUGGUGGACCAAGUGCAGUCAUUUGUCCACAUAAAUCACCAGCCAGCUUAUUAGCCAUUGGAUUACAUGGAGAGCGCUUUAAACUUUCUUCAAGAAGUUCUUUGGCCGUAUCACAUUCCCGAUCGUAG